AUGCAGCAAGAAGUGGAAAAGCCCUCCAGAGGCCCUCAGUCUCAAUUCCAACAGGGCCACCAAGUCCCUAUCGAGCAUCACAAAAAGCCCGGUUUACAAGCUGAGAUGGAAGGCCCAAACCCCACGUCCAGCAAGCUUCCAACCGAAGAUAGCGGCUAUCAAACUUACAAAGCUGCGGGGAAGCUUUCAGGGAAGAAAGCUAUCAUCACUGGCGGUGAUUCAGGAAUCGGCCGCGCCAUUGCCAUUCUCUUCGCCAUGGAAGGCGCCUCUAGUUUGAUUACGUAUCUACCGGAAGAGGAAACAGAUGCGCAGGAGACUCGGAAACGAGUGGAAGAAAUCGGGCAAAGCUGUCAUUGUUUUGCUACCGACCUUCGAGACAAGAAGAAUUGCCAGGCGGUGGUUGACAAGGCUCUGGAGAGCCUGGGUGGCAUUGAUAUCUUGGUUAACAAUGCUGGAACACAAACAAUGAUUCCAGAUAUCAAGGACUUGGAAGAGUCUCAAUGGGAGAGUACAUUUGACACCAACAUUCACCCUAUCUUCUACCUUUCAAAAUACACGAUGCCUCACCUGAAGAGCGGUUCAACCAUCAUCAAUUGUGCAUCUGUCAACCACUACAUUGGUCGCCCUGACUUGCUCGACUACACAUCAACAAAGGGGGCUAUUGUCGCUUUCACUCGGGGUUUAUCUAACCAGCAAGUCAAGAAUGGUAUCCGGGUCAAUUGCGUGUGUCCUGGACCAGUCUGGACUCCUCUCAUUCCGGCAACAAUGACCACCGAAGCCCAGGAGCAAUUCAGUGGCACACCGAUGGGUCGACCAGGCCAACCCAGCGAAGUUGCGACCUGUUUCGUCUUCCUUGCAAGCCAGGAUAGUAGCUUCAUUUCCGGUCAAUCUUUGCAUCCCAACGGAGGUGUGGUUGUCAACGGAUGA